CGAAAACGAUCCAAACCUGCGGCCCCUGACUAAGCCCCGCCCCUAAUCACCCCCGGGCGAUCCCCGCGGGCGGGGGGCCCGGGCCAUGGGCUGGGGGGAGUUAACGGGGGUGGAACUUCCUGGUCUCCGCGGCGCCUGUUUCCUCGUGGGGAAAACUCCCGGCGCCCGGGCCGCGCUGCGGGCGAGACCCCCCGAUCCCUGCCGGGAACAGCCCCGGGAGCUCGCGGCCUUGUCCCCCGUGUGGGCGGCAGCGGCGGUCUCAGUUUGUGUGAUCGGAAGAGAAGGGAUGGAGCCCCCGUCCAGCUCAAGGUCUCGGAGGUUCCACCGCCCAGGACCACAACUGAGCUGUGAACUCAGAGAGAAGCUGCAGUAUUCACAGCAACUAGAUCUUCCUGCACCUUAUUUAUUUGUUCCUUAUGAUAAGGGGAAUGAAGGAGACCAGGAUAUGGUGGCCUCACUCUGUAGGUUUGGCUUUAUGAUGCCAGUGACGUUUGAGGAGGUGGCCGUGUUCUUCUCUGAAGAUGAAUGGGCUCUUUUGGAUGAAAAGCAGAAGGAACUGUACAGAGAUGUCAUGCAGGAGAAUUAUGAGACUCUCCUGUCGUUGGGAUUUCCGAUCGCUAAACCAGAUGUGCUGUCCCAGAUAGAGCGAGGGGAAGAGCCGUGGUUCCCAGAUCUCCAGCGCUCUGAUGAAAGGGAGAACGCAAGAGGCACUAGCACUGGUGCUGGGACGGUGAGCGAGAAGGAGGAAAAAGCCCAGAAAGUUAUAUCUACAGGAGCAGAACCACAAAGGAUGUUCUCAGGGAGACACUGUUGCCUUGAGUGGAGAGAUGCCAGUGAGAGUCAAGGCAGGACAGAGAGGCUCUGGGAAGACCCUCCAGGUAGGAGUAAAUCCACUCAUAGCAAAAGAAGUUUAGAGAAAUCCAAAGACACCAACACCCACCAGACAGCCCGCACGGGGGAGAGCCCAAACACAAGUACUGAACCUGGGGAAAGUUUCAAUAAAUGCUCGCUCCUCGUUAAGCAUUGUCAGCAAACUUGUGCAGAAAAGGGUGCCUACAAGUGUAAUGAAUGUGGUCAAAGUUUUUCUCAACAACAGUGCCUUCAGAUACAUCUGAGAAUUCACACAGGGGAGAGACUCUAUAAAUGUAAUGAAUGUGGGAAAAGCUUCAGACUCAAGACAAGCCUUGUUCUUCAUCGUUACACAGUCCACAAGUUGGAGAGACCCCAUAAGUGUCCAGUGUGCGGCCAGCUCUUUAUCCUGAGAAAGAGACUUAUUCAGCAUCAGAGAAUCCACAAUGAAGAGAUGCACAGAGGAUUUAACAAUGGGAUUGUGAGUGAGAACAAGGAUGAGCAUCUCCAGCAGAAAAAGCCAAUGGGAGCGGAGCCUCGUGAGGCAUCUCAGAGAUGUGAACGGGCAGAUGCUGGUAAGAGUCGGGGAAGGAGAGGACAGCAGCGAGUUUCCCCCACAGGGGGGAAAGACUGUGAAUCUGCUGUAUGUGAAGGAAGUUCUAAGAAAUUGAACCGCACCGUCGCCCACCAGGGAACCAAGGUGGGAGCACAACUGAACCCACAAAGUAAAAGUAAGAGAAGUUUUAGUAGCAGCUCAGCCGCUGACCUGCAUCAGAAAAUCCACCCAGAUGAGAAACGACACAGCUGUGCUGAGUGUGGGAAAAGCUACCGCCAGAACUCACACCUCCGAAGGCAUCAAAAAAGCCACACGGGAGAGAAACCUUAUGUAUGUGCUGACUGUGGGAAGAGCUUUGGACGGAAGUCGCCACUCAGUAAACACCUGCGGACGCACAAAGAGGAGAAACCCUAUAGCUGCGCUGACUGUGGGAAAAGCUUCAGAGAGAGCUCAUACCUUGUUCUGCAUCAGAGAAUCCACACAGGAGAGAAACCCUAUCAGUGUCCUGACUGUGACAAAAGCUUCAGGCGGAAAGGGGACCUUUCCAGUCACUGUAGAACCCACACGGGGGAAAAACCUUAUAAAUGCACCGAAUGCGGGAAGAGCUUCGGGAACAGCUCCCACCUGGCCCGCCACCGCCGCACGCACACGGGGGAAAAGCCCUACACCUGCCCCGAGUGUGGCAAGAGCUACCGGCAGGACUCGCACCUGGCCCAGCACCGGCGCUCCCACACUGGCGAGCGCCCCUACAAGUGCACCGAGUGCGGCAAGGCCUUCUCACAGAGCUCCAACCUCAUCAUCCACCAGCGCACGCACACCGGCGAGCGCCCCUACACCUGCGGGGAGUGCGGGCGCAGCUUCGGGCACAGCUCGGACCUGGCACAGCACCGGCGGGUGCACACGGGGGAAAAGCCCUUCCCCUGCCCGCAGUGCGGCAAGCGUUUCGCCCAGAGCUCCAAGGUGACCCAGCACCAGCGCUUCCACACCGGCGAGCGCCCCUUCGGCUGCCCGGACUGCGGCAAGGCCUUCCGGCUCAGCGCCGACCUGCUGCGGCACCGGCGCACCCACACCGGCGAGAAGCCCUACGGCUGCGCCGAGUGCGGCAAGCGCUUUGUGGAGAGCUCCCACCUCAUCCGGCACCAGCGCACCCACAUGGGCGAGCGCCCCUACCGCUGCCCGCAGUGCGGCAAGGGCUUCAACCAGAGCUCCAACCUGCUGCAGCACCAGCGCACCCACCGGGGCGAGCGUCCCUACGUCUGCGGCGACUGCGGCAAGGCCUUCGGCGUCAGCUCGGCGCUGCUGCAGCACCGGCGCACCCACACCGGCGAGCGGCCCUACCGCUGCCCCCAGUGCGGCAAGAGCUUCAGCGUCUCCUCCACCUACAACAUCCACCGGCGCACCCACACCGGCCUCAAACCCUACGCCUGCGUUGACUGCGGCAAGGCCUUCAGCCGCAGCUCUGCCCUGCUCCAGCACCAGAGCACCCACACCGGGGAGCGGCCCUACCGCUGCAGCCACUGCGGGAAGGGCUUCGGGCAGAAGGCGGCCAUGGCCCAGCACCAGAGAACUCACCUGGGCCAGGAGCCCACCGGAGUGAUCCCACUGGGGGACUGGGGUGCGGCCCAACUCGGACAGAGCCAGGGGGAGGAGGAGGAGGGUGAUGAGGCAGGAAGCAAGGAGAGCGCCGGGCAGGGGUGAUUGGGACCAGGGCACCGGGAAGGGAAUAUGUGCCUGGCGGGGCAAUGAAGGGAAAAGUGGAAGCUGCAGUGGACGCUGAGGGGAUUGAUAAUAGGAGGAUCACUGUGACGGCUCGAGGCGGCCUGGUUCAAGCUCCAGGGUGGAAGGGGAGGGGAAGGUCUGUAUAUGUCUGGGGGAACAGAAAGGGCGGUACAUGUCUGAGGGGGGACAUAAGAACAUAAGAAUUGCCCUACUGGGUCAGACCAAAGGUCCAUCUAGCCCAGUAUCCUGUCUACCAACAGUGGCCAAUGCCAGGUGCCCCAGGGGGAAUGAACAGAACAGAUACACAUCAAGUGAUCCAUCCCCCAUUCCCAGCUUCUGGCAAACAGAGGCUAGGGACACCAUUCCUGCCCAUCCUGGCUCAUAGGUCCAUCAAUGGCUAUCUUCCAUGAAUCUAUCUAGUUCUUCUUUGAACCCUGUUAUGGUCUUGGCCUUCACAACAUCCUCUGGCAAGGAGUUCCACAGGUUGACUGCGUUGUGUGAAGAAAUACUUCCUUUUGUUUGUUUUAAACCUGCUGCUAUUAAUUUAAUUUGAUGACCCCUAGUUCUUGUGUUAUGAGAAGUAGUAAACAGCACUUCCUUAUCUACUUUCUCUACACCAGUCAUAAUUGUAUAGACCUCAAUCAUAUCUCCCCUUAGCCGUCUCUUUUUCAAGCUGAAAAGUCCCAGUCUUAUUAAUCUCUCCUCAUACGGAAGCCAUUCCAUACCCCUAAUCACUUUUGUUGCCCUUUUCUGAACCUUUUCCAAUUCCAAUAUAUCUUUUUUGAGAUGGGGUGACCACAUCUGCACACAGUAUUCAAGAUGUGGGCGUACCAUGGAUUUAUAUAGAGGCAACAUGAUAUUUUCUGUCCUGUUAUCUAUCCCUUUCUUAAUUAUUCCCAGCAUGCUGUUCGCUUUUUUGACUGCCGCUGCACAUGGAGUGGAUGUUUUCAGAGAACUAUCCACAAUGACUCCAAGAUCUCUUUCUUGAGUGGUAACAGCUACUUUAGACCCUCAUCAUUUUAUAUGUAUAGUUGGGAUUAUAUUUUCCAAUGUGCAUUCCUAUGCAUUUAUUAAAUUUCAUCUGCCAUUUUGUUGCCCUGUCA